UUUGACACCGACUUAAAGAGACAGGUCGCUGCAGACCCGCCGCGCGCUGCUAUGGUCCGCCCGCCGCGCUGCGCUGCGCCGCGCUGCGCCGCGCGGGAGCGCACGAGCCCAGAAACGCCCUCCUGAGCGUGCAGGUGCCCACAGGAGCACGUGAAGGGGCCAAAACCACCGCGAGGGAGGGGAUCACUCACAGCAGAAACCUGUCUUACUACAUUUACAAAGCCACUUGCUGGGACCAGGAGGGAUGGAAGGAGAAGGCUGUAGUUCUGGUGGAGCGAUGGACUCAGGUAACCCCUUACUAAGAGCCGUUUUCCUCCGUCGUCUGCGACUCACACGGCUGCUCCUGGAGGGGGGGGCUUACAUCAAUGAGAGCGACAGCCAAGGCCAGACACCCCUGAUGGUGGCCUGCAGGACCCAGCAUGCAGACGCCCAGAGCGCCAGUCGGGUCAAACUGGUCCAGUUUCUGCUGGAGAAAGGAGCCGACCCCAACAUCCAGGACAAGGAGGGUCACUCUGCACUGAUGCACGCCUGCCGUGAGGAGGCCGGCCCUGAGGUGGUGUCUCUGCUCCUCGCCAGUGAAGCUGACAUUAGCUUGGAGGAUCAAUCCGGGAUGUCAGCGUUGGUCUACGCAGUCAUGGCUGGAGAGUGGAAGGUUCUGAAGCUGUUGCUUGACACUUGCAAGGCCAAGGGGAAGGAGGUGAUCAUCAUAGCCACUGACAAAUUCCCAUGUGGUCAACUGCAGGCAAAGCAGUACCUCACCAUGCCUCCCAGUGGUCCUCUCGAUCAGACAGACAAAAUGGCCUCAGCAGCUCCUGCAUCUCCCUCUGAAAUACAGAUCAUCACCUCCCCUCAGUGCACCUCCUCAUCCUUAUGUCCCCCAAAGCCUGUCUUCUCUUUUAAAGAAGCCCAUUCCUGGGGUGUGAGCUCCCAUCCAUGUUCCCCAUCACGGUCUCGAGGAUUUGGCCAAGUGGCGGCAAACAGACUGCAGCAGCCCCUCCUGAGGUUGAACUCUGAGCCCUGGCUGAAGAUCCCGGCUUCUGUGCUCACUCAACAGUCUCUUGCAGCCUCGUCUUCAAAAAAUGGCCACGACUUCAACCAAACCGACAACUUCUCUGUCAGAGUUCCCAUACUGGAGAGGGAUAAAAGAGUAGAAGGUGAAAACAAGAUAGACUACGCUAAACAUGCCAGACAGAAGAUCUCUUUACCAGGUCUCCUUUCAUCCCACUCUGCCUCUCAUCCUAACCUCCACUCUGAGAACCUUGGAACAGAUUCAGCCUCCUCCUCUUGCCUGACUGGUGGCAAAAACCAUCGUACUGCACUUCACAACAUGGCCUCCUCAAGCCUUCAUAGCAUCAUCCAGAGGCGCAAGCUGGGUGCAGACAUCUACAGCUCUGACCCUCAGCUUUCUGUAGACAUCCAACAUCUCCCAACAGACGCCAAGAAGCUGGCCCCCUUACGUUGCUCCAGAGAGUCAUUGCUGACCUUGGGUCCGAGCAGGAGAGUGCUGUCCGGGUAUGAGCGCAGAGGGUCCGCUGCCCUCUUGUUGGACCACAGUUCUCAGGCCAGGCCGAGGUCUCUGCCCCCUCUGACCCUCAACACCACCAACGCUCCUCUUCUCAAUGUUUGCAACUUCGGAUCCGGAGCUGGAGGGGGUUUCUCUGAGAAAGAGUCUGACCUAAAAAACGUCCUUCCCUCUGCUCCUCCGGGCCACCCCAAAGAGCUGACCAAGAGGAUGCUGUUGAGGAGACAUUCAAUGCAGUCUGAACAGUUCAAAAGCACAGCGUGAUAUUCAGCUGAAAGGAAAAAAAGCUAAUCCUUGUGUAUUAAUGUGAAAUGUGUUCAAAUCAUGUGAUGUCGUCUCUGUAGUGAAAUUCAAAGAGGAAGUACAAAACAAUCAACUACUGCUCCAGUGUGUGUUGUGACUGUACGUGUAGCUUCAGCAUAUAUGUAACUCUUCCUUAAAGAUGCAUAAAGAUAUUUUGGCCACUAGGGGGCAGCAGAAAAAGCUGACAACACAUGUUAUAAAGUUAAAACAUUGUUAUUGUGAACUAUCUAGCAAACAGCUAAAACAUAGACUAACAUUAGCACUUAUUACGUUCGUAAAGAAAUUUAGCUUUCACCACGGUCCGUUUAUUUGUAUGUUUCUUUGUUUGUAAGCAAGAUUACGCAAAAACAAUCUCCAUGAAUCUAAGUGGAAGGAUGCAGUAUGGCUCAGGUGAGAACCCAUUGAAUUGUGGUGCGGAUCUGAGUCAGGGGGCGGAUCCAGGAAGGUUUUCUAUCGCUUUCUGUAACAUUGUGAGAUUUUCAACAUUUGCCCUGAUUUCUUAGAGAAUAAUUUGUGGAUCUUGAUUCUUUGAACUUAACACGUUUAAGGGAGUUUUAAACUUUGGAUUUUGUGAACCCUUUGGCGUUUCCAGUCAGUUUUACUCGCCAAAAUACUCGGCCUGACAAACGUGACGCGUAUAUUUUCAUACUGCUGAAAUAUUUGCAAAGCUCAUAUAUUCUAUUUAUGUUUUACAAAAGCAAAUUUUGAAACAUGCAUUGCUAACCUCCAUGUUUGCCGAGUCUUCUUCUUCACUGCUUUUUUCUUGGUGCCACCUCUUGACCAGAGGCGUAGUGUAAAAGUGUAUCGUCACCUGUCCUGUGUAUGUGUAUGACAACAAAAGCAAUGGGCACCAAUUCAUAACAGUGUGCCAUAGUAAUAUAAAAAAAACCUUUAAUAUAAAAUUAUUUUCUAAUGCAGCUUUGUGGAGAAUUUAAAAAUAUGCAACUUUGUCACAAUGUGGAAGCAUUCGAAAAGAAAAUUAGAACAGUUUGAAAAUUAACAAAGGCGUCUACGCAUCAUGGCUUUAAAUCAAAAAGAUGUUUUAGAUUAUGAACUAAUUUGCUUAAGGACUUAAUCCCCCUCCACACACACACACGCAUCAGCUGUCACAGAGGUUGUUGUCAGUAUUUGGGCAGAGCAGAAGUACAGAUGUGUAACAACAGCAACAAAGUGUGUUU